UCUCCACACGCUGAUGUGCCUUUCCAAUGCUGGCCUCUGCCACAGCUCGGCUUUUAGGAUACAUCUCAGUUACUUGUCAAAUCUUAGCUGCCUCCUUCCCUCCUGGAGAUAGGAACAAGCUUCAACUUCACGGGCUCCAUCUCCCUCCUCAAGGAGAACAGCCCAUAGGGCAGGAACAGUGACAUUGACAGCCUCUGGAAAGUGCAGGACUCUUUCCUCUCCUGCCUUGUUCUCGCUUCAUAGCAGGCUGAGAGGGAGUGAUGGUGUCCCUGGUUGUGGACAUGAAGGCUCAAGGAAGGUGGUAAUUCUCCUAAACCUACAGAAACUCCAGGACGUGAAGCCUGUAAGAGUGGAAUCCAGGGCCUGGCUUGUGGCUCAGUAGAGAAAGCUCAUGUGUGAGAACACAGCUUCCAUCUCCAGCACUGAAAUGGGGAAGACAGAAACGGGACAAAGAUUCUGUCCUUCUAGCCAAGUUCUCACAGAAUCCUAGAACCCAGACCUUCUACAUUCUCUUUAAACAGCUCUCCAGAGUCACUUCCGUGACAAAGCCAUGACCCCCAACCACAGUGAUGCUGAGGGCUGUAGGGAUGCUCUCUCCCAACAAGAACCUCCACACCCAGUCAUGCCCCAUUCCUAGGAUGGUUCAGAUCCAGCAUCUGCACCAUGUAGGAGUAUAAAAAGGCAAUAGUCCCAAAGGCCAUCAUCCCAGUUCCGAUCUGCCUGUGAUCUGGCCAAGACCUCACCGGCACCACUUCAUGGCCACAUCUGCUCCUCUCCAUGGCUACUGCCCUCUCUUUUCUGUCCUGGUGUCGGCCAAAGAACACACCCCAAUAAGCUCCCUCACUGGCUUCAUCUCAGAGGCUAAUUCUGAGGAACCUAACUGUGAGAGUCUUCCACACUCCUUGGUAUAGCCCAGGACAAUAUGGCUUCCCUUGUGCUUGCAGGCUAGACCAGGCCUCUCUGAGUGAGCAGGUGAUGAUGGAGCUGAGGGCUCUGAAGGAAAAGAAUCCCGAGCUUCUCAUCCAGAGCACAUGGAAACCACAUGAGACUGUCUCUACUCUGGGUCUGGAUAAAGGAGAAAUGAGUGCUGGCCCAUCCUCAUGCAAGCGGCAGAGACUACAGUCAGAGGAAGGAGCUCCACACACAGCACAGCUGAAACUCCCCCACUCACCCGACUCUUCCCCUCUGGGAGACAAGCUCACAGAGUCUCUUGGGUCUGAAGAUGGCUUCUGGGGCAGCACAGGACCUGUGGAUACUGAGGUGGUUGACAGGGAAAGAAACCUGUACCGAGUUCAGUUCCCCAUGACUGGCUCCUACCACUGGCCCAGCACUGGUCUUCUCUUUGUGGUGACAAGAGCGGUGACUGUAGAGAUAGAAUUCUGUGCCUGAAGCCAAUACCUGGGCAAGACUC